AUGCGUUCCACGAUUAUCGCCCUCACCGUCUCCGCCCUCGCUUCCCUCGUCGCAGCGGCCCCCGCUCCCGGGGACGGCCGCGUCUUCUGCGACCAGGGCGACAAGGGUAUCCCCCAAGCAUUCGCGCAAGACAUCAUCAACCAGCUCAACACGAACCUCCAGGACUUCGGCGUCCCCGGCCGCGACACAGACUUCGGCUUCGGCUCGAGCUGCCUCAGCCACAGCCAGGGUGGCGGCUCCGCCUGCUGCCAGGUCGCGUUCCUCAACGAAGACGGCACGCAGGGCACAGUCACGAUGACCGCCAACACCCGCUCGACGGGCGUCGACGCCCUCGGCGGGCAGACGGAUGGCGCUACGCUGAAGAGCAUUGCUGAGGAUAUUCUCAGUACGUGCUGGUCUGGCAACGGUGACCACUCCGGUCGGUGGGCGGGAGACGGGUUCCAGGUUGGCUUGAGCGGAGGCACUUGCUAG